AUGAAUAUCGCCAAGAAAACCACAGGUACUCAUGCCCAAACUCGCAAAGAAAUUACAAAUACUGCAGCUGGCAAGAAAAUACAAUUAGAAGCAAAACAGUACCAGAGAAUGCGCCAGUCAUUUUUCACUAAUUUAUUAUUGCUUGGAUUUGAUAAAGAAGCCAAUGAGAAAAAAGAUAAUGUUAUUUACAAUGAAGACACAUUUGUGGUGGCUAACAAUAAAGGAGCUUUAACAGUUCUACACUUUCUGCUUAAUAAAUUGGAUCCAGAGGAAUGUAAAACUCGAUUCAGAGGAAUUUGGCCAGUAUUCGACAAAAAACAGGAGCAGAGUUUCCGGAAAGAAACUUGUAGUUGGUUAAAUAAAAUUGCUCUUGAAGAUUCUGAAGCAAAUUUUUCCCGUCUCAACCCAUCAUUGUUUCUCUCUCCUGGUGGUUACAGGUUUCAAUUAUUUCUGUUUCAAUUGUCCAAAUAUGUCAUGUUGAAGUCACUAAAAAGAGAGUGUGUUUUAUUCUUAGGAUUGACCAAAGAGAGUUAUCUGCGAUGUCCUGUGCUGAAGAGCCAAGCUCCACAUUUAACGGAGGUUCAAGUGAAGAUCCUAAAAAGUGCCACUGUUAGGCAUAUGCGAUCUUAUGUAGAGAAUGUCAAACAGUCUUUACAAGUUCAUAGCAAAUGGCAUGAACAAGUUGGAGAUAUGGUGAAAAACUACAGAAUGUUAUGCAAGAAAGUACGAGCAUUCGAACGCAAAGAGAAACAAAAUACAGAGGAAAAAGAAACUGCUGAAAAAUGGGAUGGAGAUAAACUUGUUAAGGACGAGUCACUUGAAAAAGUGAGAGAGGAUUGGCUGAAAUUUAGGAAGACAAUAGACUCGCAAAAUGAAGAAUGUGAAAUUAUUAAAUCCAUUUUGCAAAACCUUGCCAGUCAUUACAAGAUAGACCUUAAGCUGAUCAAUGCUCGUAUUCCAGAUUUACUGCUUCGUGUGCAGGAACACCAGAUUCAAGAGCGACAAAUUGACAAUCUGUACAAAGAAGGAAAACUAAAUCUCGUCAGUUUAGUUCAGUUGUUAAAUCUUUCUCUUGAGAUGUAUUAUGAAAAAUUUAAAUCUGCUGUCCUUCCUACUCCAAAAGAGAACAUUGCUCCACUGCAACAAAAGUCAGGCACACAUUCUAACCUUCUACAGAAUAUGCAGACACUCAGAGAAAAUAUGAAGGAACAAUUGCAUUUACUGAAAACUUCCGUUCAAAAAUCUGCAGAGAAGGCAGAAAAAAAAGCCAUUGAACAAAAAUUGUUGCCCUUGGAAUUCACCCUUAAUGCUCCAACUCCACCAAGGAAUUUCCAGCUGCUUUGUGAUCGGUCAGUUCCUGUAGAUUCACCUUUGUCUGAUCGACGAUUACCUACUGAAGAAAUUGAUACCCCUGAGGCUGCCAAAAAGAUUCAAAUGGCUGCCAAGGAAAGUGCUUUGAAGAUGAAAGAUCAGAAAAAAGUCCAUAGUGAUUCACUUCAACAUCAACUGAGCUUGCUUUCUCCGGUAGAUGUUUGUGUAGAGAAAAAAAACAAGUUGCCUAUAAAAGUUAGUGGAUGUUUGUCAGAGAAUAAGGACAGUUUUGAUUCUACACCACAAAUUCGAAACCACAAAUCCUUGGAUAAGGCUUCAUUAAGGAUGCAAAUCAGGUCUUUAGGAGUUAGAGCCAAUUCUAAAAAUGGCAAAAUGGUCAAAACCGGUAACAAAUUCCGAAGCAAAUCAGUGUCUGAUUUCUCUGAGAAGAAAGGGGUUGAAAUCUGGGCAGAUCAGAUUGUAGACCAUGUGAUGGGAGUGAGUGAUGUUGUUCCACAAAACAUUACAGAAGCCCUUUCUAUGGAUGCUUUCAAAUCUAGAGAUAAAUUGGCACGUAGUCCAGUGAAAAGCACCUCCUUUGUAAAGAGUUUCUCUACCUGUCAUGAAAAUAUUCCUGAGAUUGAAAUAGAUGCAGGCACUCCUUCUUCUUCUUCUUGCCAAAAGAGUGUCAAUCUGAGUUCUGUUUCCAGCUUGACUGAAUUGUAUAACAGUCCAGUGAUUACGUCAACUGACACCAAAGGCAAUGGCUGCAAUGUGUCGUCCAUUGUUAAUACUGAGCAACAAUCCAGUCAAAUUGGGAACAAUCUCGACAUCAGUCUGGAUGCAUACCUCCAGUUACCUUCAGAUCACAAGGGACUCAAUCUGGAUAUAUUUGAAGAUGUUCCCUGUCCCAAGAUGCAUUUCAGUGAUUUAAAUUCUGGAGAAGAUGCCUCGGACCGUAUGACACUGACAGAUGGCGCCAGUCUCUCACUUCUUCCCAGCAUUCAAGACCUCUCAAAAGAUUGUAAUUCUAAAGAUACAUCAGAGCAGCAAGACAUUGACUGUUCAGAUUAUUUCACACCUUUGAAAUUUGGUCUGCAUUUAAAACGGACUUCAAAUUUGUCAUUUUUGGAAGAGAAACCUGCAAAAAGUAACCAAAGUAGCUUGCUUGAUACUGUCCUGACUACUUCCAUGGCCGCUUCACUUAAAGAACCUGAAGAAAUGAUAUUUGAAGACGAAGACCCAGUUUUUCUUGUUCCCUGA